CCGCCGUGGCAGUGAUGAGUGCGUGGAACAGGUGGAAAACAGUGAUAAAUAUGGCGGGGGGGUGCCGAGCCAACUCCUACCUGAGACUUGGAUCCGCUAUCAUUUUGUCGUUUUUAGGUAUUUAAACGGACAUCUUCAGCCUCCACAGCAAGGGGCAAGCAGAAAUUGGGGCUGCCAAGUUUUUCCCAGCAAUGACUUCGGUUUUCAAGCAAUGAAGCAAGGAUCCAUCAUGAUGGGGGAUCAGCCCAAGAUCAUGGUUUUCCGUCCCACGUGGGAGGAGUUCAAGGACUUCACCUCCUACAUCACCUACAUCGAGUCCCAGGGCGCCAACAAGGCCGGGCUCGCCAAGAUCAUCCCACCUCCAGAAUGGCAGCCGCGGAGUCAAGGCUACGACCUGGAUGGGCUGGACAUGGUGAUCCCGGCUCCCAUCUGCCAAGUGGUGACCGGCAAGCAGGGACUCUACCAGCAGAUCAACAUACAGAAGAAACCCAUGACGGUCAAGGAGUUCAAGGCUCUGGCGGAGAGUGAGAGGUACCGCACGCCCAAGCACACGUCAUAUGAGGACCUGGAACGCAAGUACUGGAAGAACAUCACCUACGUCUCGCCCAUCUACGGCGCUGAUGUCUCCGGCAGCAUCACGAAUCCCGAUGUUGAGGAGUGGAACAUCAACAAGCUGGGUUCAAUCCUGGACUAUGUCAAUGAGGACUACGGCAUCAGCAUCGACGGGGUCAACACCGCCUACCUCUACUUCGGCAUGUGGAAGACCACCUUUGCCUGGCACACCGAGGACAUGGACUUGUACAGCAUCAACUACCUCCACUUUGGGGCCCCCAAGACCUGGUACGCCAUCCCCCCGGAGCAUGGGCGGCGGCUGGAGCGGCUGGCGAACGGCUUCUUCCCCAACUCCUUCAAGGCCUGCCCCGCCUACCUGCGCCACAAGAUGUCCCUCAUCUCCCCGCAGAUUCUCAAGCAGUACUCCAUCCCGUUUGAUAAGAUCACGCAGGAGCCCGGACACAUCAUGAUCACCUUCCCGUACGGCUACCACGCAGGCUUCAACCAGGGCUUCAACUGUGCCGAGUCCACCAACUUCGCCAUGCCUCGCUGGGUGGAGUACGGCAAGCGUGCGACCCAGUGCCAGUGCCGCGGGGACAUGGUCAAGAUCUCGAUGGACACCUUCGUUAAGCGGUUCCAGCCAGAGCGUUACGAGCUGUGGCUGGCCGGCAAGGACGUAGGACCCCACCCCGAGGACCCCACCCGUUCCUCCGCCGCGGCCCAACCAUCCCUCAACGACAUCCUCUGCAACAAGAAAGGUUACCGCGCGGCGGGCCGUGGACGCCUCUCCCAGCCACAGCGCGGCCAUGGGGCCAGGCGCAAGGGCAGGCCAAGGAAGACCCAGCCUGCCGGGGACAAGCCAGCCACCGACGCCUCACCCUCACCCUCACCCAGCACUAACACCAGGAACGUGACGCCCUCACCCCUCAUCGAGCAGCUCCUCAAACAGUCACCCAAGAAGAAGAAGGUGAAGCGUCAUCCCAUCCACCAGAACAAGAAUGAGGACGAACUCACCUUCAACGGGGAGGUGGUGGACGAGGAGCUGUCGCAGGUGCUGGAGGACAUCUACACCAAGGCCGGGGAGUCAUACUCCAGCAACAUGCCUGAGGCCAUGUCAGGGCCAGGCAAGCGCAAACACUCCACCUGCAGCUCAGUGGGGAAGAAAAAGCUGAAGGGAGACGGUUCCACAGACGAGGAGGGUAACCCGCUGCAGCAGGAGCUUGGCCAGGCCGUCACACACAUGGCCGGGGCACUGCCCGACAUGGACAAAGGUAAGAAGCCGGUCAAACCCAGGAAGCCACGAGCCCCGAAACAGCCCAAGACCCCCAACGUGCCCUACCCCAAGUACCCGCUCCCACCGCAGCAGUUGGCUGCCAGCCUGCAGUCCAAGGUGGCUCUGGACCUCAUAAAGAAACUCCAGAUGGCUGGGACCACUAUCAGCAGGCCAGCCAUCAUGCCCAAGGCCCCUCCGGUGUCCCUCAAGAGCCCAGUGAAGGUGGUGACGUACCGCUCGCAGCCGGGCCCCUCAGGAGGAAUGGUGUACAGCCGUGUCCCCAAGAAACCCGAGGUGCUGGCCAGAAAGCUUCUGCCACAGUCAUCCUCUGUCUCAGUCCACUACAAGCCAAUGCUUGGUGGCCCUCGUGUGGGGCAAAGCAUCGUCAUCCCCGGUACGUCGACGGUCAUCAUGCAGCACAAGCCAGUGCCCCAGCGAGGCCGUCCCCCCAAGAACAGGGCCAUCCAGCCCAUGCCCGCCAGGAACCUGCCCAUCACCUACAAGGCCACCAUCAUCAACAACCCGAUGCAGAAGGGAUUCCGAGAGAACAACUUCUCGCCAAUCAAGUCCAAUCUGCACCACAGACCCGGCCAGAUCCAGAAGGGCAAGCGGGACGGCACUGGGGAGAUAGUCUGCACACCAGACCUCCAAGGCAUUCUGGCGUCUGUGGCGGCAUACGAAAGUGCCGCUGAGAAGAGCCAGUCCCGGUCCCCACCAAACACCAACGCCAACUCCACCACCAACGGUAUGUCAGCUGAGAUCCUCAACACCAACCUGACACCUAAGCCUGCAGCCAUGCGCUCCCCCGAACCAGUGCCCAGCCAGGACACACCCUUGGACAGGCAAGAACAGAACCUCAGCCCACCAACCCUGCAGGACCAGCGGGAGGAGGUCGUGACCAGGGUGGAGAACACAGAGGAUGAGAUGCCCACCCUAGAGUCCUCCAAUGCCCAGAACACCAUGACCUCAGAAGGGGUGACGGAGACCUACCAUGGUACCCCCUUGCAGGUCCCGAGUAGAGAGACAGUCACAGCAUUCAUUGAGAAGCUGGAGGCAGGCACGGCAGACUACUCCCCAGUGCACUCAGAGCCUAACACAGCAACACAGCAUGAGAGUGAACAGCUGCACGAGUCCAGUUCACAGGCUGAGUACGAGCAGGCUGUGAGGCAAGAAGCAGAGCCAGGAUAUCAGCAGGCAUCACCAGGGCAGAGAGAGGAACAUAAUCAGCAGGAUCAAGAACAGCAUCACCUAGAACAGCAGCAGCUAGAAGAACAACAUUCACUAGAACAGCAGGAACAAGAACAGCAUCAUCUAGAACAACAUCAGCAGCAGCUAGAAGAACAACAUCAACAACAUCAACUAGAACAGGAUCAACACCAAAUAGAACAGCAGGAACAGGAACAGCACCAUCAACAACAGUUAGAAGAACAACAACAUCAACAGCACCAGAUGGAACAAGAUCAACACCAACUAGAACAGCAUCAACACCACCACCAACACCACCAACACCACCCCCACCACCAGCAACACUCCCCACCCAGCCAUGACCCCAACACACUUCUCCCGCCCACACCCCAGUACCCAGAGGCCUACACCCACCCCAACACAACCUCCCCACCCAUGCACACAGACCUACAACCCCCCACGUACACCCAGACAUCCCUCCCUCCCUCCAUGCACUCCCAGAUAGGCGAGUUACCCCAAUCACAGUCCCUACCACAUGGUGACCCACACAUCCCAUCCACAAUGCAGUCCCCGUUCCUUCACCUUCAGCCGCCUCUCCCUCCCUCACCCUCCAUGACACCUCAGUCCCCUCUCUCGCACAUGAUGUCCCCCAUGCACCCGUCUCUCACCGCAUCACACACGCAGCUUCUCCCGACGCCCCAGUCGCACAGCCUGGCACAUAUGCAGUCACAGCUCCAUCCGGCCAUCCCCAUGUCUCCACUACAAGCCAUGCAUAUGCCACUAAGCACAGCACAUCACCCCGUCUCCCCGCAGAUGUCCUUCCUGACGUCACAUAUAUCCUCCCCGGACCCCACCAAGGCUGCAUCCCUGCAGCCCUUCACACACAGUCCCGAGUCGCAGGUGUCGAGAUAGAGGAAGCCCCCGAGUCAAUCAAAACCGUACAAAUUUGCUGCUAGUUUGUAAGAGAUGCAAAGCCCAUAGCUAGGUAGGUAUGUGAAUGUAUAGUCUUGUAGAGUUUACCUGGGUGUUCUGUCCUGUGCGAGGGGCUUCUAGUUAGGCUGCUCAGUCUGCACAUCACUUCUUAAUAGUAGGUUAAGGUAAGGCCUGGUUUGCCCCCUUCUCUUUUUCUUGAUUUUGUUUGAGGUUUGUGAGUUAGCUUUCUUGGUUUCUCUUUUCUAUAUUCUGUACAGCAUCUUGGAUUGGUAGGCAUGGAGAGAGAGAGAGGGAGAAAGAGAGCAUGUGAGAGAGAGAGGAAAUAGAGACAGAACUGAAUGACUAUUGCAGUGGGGACAUGAGGAAAGCCGAGCAGAAUUACUAAAGUGUAAAUCCAGAUAUUUUUACUUAGUCAAGGAUAAUGAGAGAAUUGAAGACAAGUUAUUGUUGACACGGUAAUUGAUAAGAACGAGUUAGUGGACUCUGCAAUCGUACAAAUAAUCAGAACCAGAUACUUCGGUAAAUAGGAAUGGAAAAAGACUAAGCCAGUGUAGUUAGUGUGAUGAAUAUGGAAUUGGAAAGAGUAUGAUGCCAAUGAACUGUAGAGGAAAAAGGAAAAGAAAAUCAACCAGAAAACUUAAGAAAAACAUUGAAUUGGAAAGAAUAUGUUGCCACUGAACUGUAGAGGAAAAGACAACCAACCAGAAAACU